AUGUCUCGCCGCAUCGUACCAAUACGUGGCGACGGUAACUGUCUUUUUAGAUCGGUCUCUUAUUGUUUGUUCGGGACGCAAGAGAAACACAGGGAGAUACGCCAGCGAGUCGUCGACCGAGUUGUGGAUAAUUGGAUCCGAUACAAAGAUUUCAUAAUCGGCGACCGAUCAUACGGGAUUUGUAUACAUCAGGCGUCUGACUAUCGCAAUUUAAUGUCCAGGGAUGGUGAAUACGCCGGUCAUGUUGAGCUGCAUUGCGUGAGUGAGUUACACCAAGAGUUUACGUUCGUCGUUCACAUGAACUCAGGUUUAAAAACAAUCGAAUACGGUCACGGUAGGGUUAUCAAACACCUCCUGUUCUCCGGGUAUCUUGACGCGGGCCAUUACAGUGUUUUAGAGUAUUAUUAG